CUUCUCAUUUGGAUUGAUUCUUGUGUUGGGUUUCUGCUGUUUUGAAUCAAGGUGUGAUCUUUAAGGUUGGGGAAUUGGGGGUGGGAUGGGUUCCAAGAAUUGGUUGUACCCGGCUCCCACUUACCGAACGUUGGAGACGUAUUGGGACACCGACGAGGAUGCUCCCGGUCCACGAUGCGGCCACACCCUCACCGCCGUUGCUGCCACCAAAACUCAUGGUCCUUCCCUCAUCCUCUUUGGAGGUGCCACCGCCAUUGAGGGUGGUUCAUCGUCUGCUCCUGGAAUCAGAUUGGCUGGUGUCACCAAUUCAGUUCAUUCCUACGAUGUUAUCACUAGAAAGUGGACGAGAAUCAUACCAGCUGGAGAGCCACCAUCUCCCAGGGCUGCCCAUGCAGCAGCUGCAGUUGGUACCAUGGUCGUUUUCCAGGGCGGUAUAGGUCCUGCUGGGCAUUCAACUGAUGAUCUUUAUGUGCUUGAUAUGACCAAUGAUAAGUUCAAGUGGCACAGGGUAGUUGUACAAGGACAGGGUCCUGGUCCUCGCUAUGGCCAUGUGAUAGACUUGGUUGCACAGAGAUAUCUUGUCACCGUUAGUGGCAAUGAUGGAAAAAGAGUUCUCUCUGAUGCUUGGGUUUUGGAUACUGCCCAGAAGCCAUAUGUGUGGCAGAGACUAAACCCAGAUGGUGAUCGACCUUCUGCUAGAAUGUAUGCAACAGCCAGUGCCCGCUCAGAUGGCAUGUUUUUGCUCUGUGGUGGAAGAGACUCCUCUGGGGCGCCACUGGCAGAUGCAUAUGGACUGCUUAUGCAUAGGACUGGUCAAUGGGAGUGGACGCUUGCACCUGGGGUCUCCGCUUCACCAAGGUAUCAGCAUGCUGCGGUUUUUGUUGGGGCACGGUUGCAUGUUACUGGAGGUGCUCUUAGAGGAGGACGUGCUGUAGAAGGUGAAGCAGCCAUUGCAGUUCUGGAUACUGCUGCUGGGGUUUGGUUGGAUAGGAAUGGACUUGUUACUUCUUCGCGGACCAGCAGGGGACAUGGCGAACAUGAUCCUUCUUUAGAACUUAUGCGUCGUUGUCGCCAUGCCUCUGCAUCUGUUGGUGUUCGAAUUUAUAUUUAUGGUGGUCUCAGAGGAGAUAUCCUGUUGGAUGAUUUUCUAGUAGCAGAAAAUUCAUCAUUCCAACCUGAAAUUAAUGCUCCUAUAUUAACAUCUGAAAGAGCUUCAAAUUCGUCAACUCCCAGAUUUAGUCAACCUACUUUAAGUACAACUGUCGUGACAACUUCAGAUGAUGGUCUAGAGAUCUCUCCAUCAGGGACCCAGAGACUGGAUAAAAAUUCCAUUGAGAAACUGAGGGAGGCUUCUGCAGCUGAAGCUGAGGCAGCAAAUGCAGUCUGGCAAGCUGCACAAGGUGCAUCAACCAUUCCUGCAGAAGAAGCAUCAGUAUCUGAUGACAAUUCUCCAGCUGCAGAGACAGCCUCAGAUGCUAGCGACAGUGAGGCAGAUGUCCGCCUGCAUCCUAGAGCUGUUGUGGUUGCUAAAGAGACUGUUGGGAAUCUGGGUGGGAUGGUAAGGCAGUUAUCCCUGGAUCAAUUUGAAAAUGAAAGCAGACGUAUGAUUCCCUCAACUUCUGAUUUGUCAUAUCCUACCAAAAAAUAUACCAGGCAGAGGUCUCCUCAAGGCUUACAUAAGAAGAUUAUUUCUACAUUGCUUAGGCCCCGAAACUGGAAGGCUCCAGCUAACAGGAGAUUUUUCUUGGAUUCUUAUGAAGUGGGUGAGCUCUGUUAUGCUGCUGAACAGAUUUUUAUUCAAGAACCCACAGUUCUUCAGUUGAAGGCCCCAAUAAAAGUCUUUGGUGACCUACAUGGACAGUUUGGGGAUUUAAUGAGACUUUUUGAUGAAUAUGGAUUCCCUUCAACUGCAGGAGACAUAACGUACAUUGACUAUCUGUUUUUGGGAGACUACGUUGAUCGGGGCCAGCACAGCUUGGAGACAAUAACUUUGCUUCUUGCUCUUAAGAUUGAGUAUCCAGAGAAUGUUCACUUGAUUCGUGGAAAUCAUGAGGCUGCUGAUAUAAAUGCUCUCUUUGGUUUUCGUCUUGAAUGCGUUGAGAGAAUGGGGGAGAAUGAUGGCAUAUGGGCAUGGAAACGGUUCAAUCAACUCUUCAACUAUCUUCCACUUGCUGCACUUAUUGAGAAGAAAAUUAUCUGUAUGCAUGGUGGCAUAGGAAGAUCUAUUAAUUCAGUAGAACAGAUAGAGAAACUUGAGCGGCCCAUAACAAUGGAUGCUGGAUCCAUCAUUCUGAUGGACCUUCUCUGGUCUGAUCCCACUGAAAAUGAUAGUGUAGAGGGUUUGAGACCAAAUGCCAGAGGACCUGGUCUUGUCACUUUUGGGCCUGACCGAGUCACUGAUUUUUGUAAGAGAAACAAGUUGCAGCUUAUUAUAAGGGCCCAUGAAUGUGUAAUGGAUGGGUUUGAACGGUUUGCUCAGGGACAAUUGAUUACACUGUUCUCUGCAACAAACUAUUGCGGAACUGCAAACAAUGCUGGAGCUAUAUUGGUGGUGGGCAGAGGACUGGUUAUUGUCCCAAAGUUGAUUCAUCCCUUGCCACCUCCCAUCCAGUCCCCAGAAACAUCACCAGAACGUGUUGCUGAUGACACAUGGAUGCAGGAGCUUAACAUCCAAAGACCACCAACUCCAACUCGUGGUCGCCCUCAACCUGACCAUGAUCGGAGUUCACUUGCAUAUAUUUGAUUAUAGGAACAGAAGAAUUUUUGUAAUUGACAGCAUUGUUGCGGCACUUCCAUGUUCAUUUUGCAACCUUGAUAAAGGGUAACAUAAAUACCCCAUGGUGAAGCUACACUGCUGUAGUCUGUAAUGCUUGUGUUGUAUUUUCAAAAGUGCAGAAGACAAAGCCUAAUUUACCAUACAAAUAGCUUGAGAGUUGUACAAGAACUAGGUUUGGUUGAGUGAAAUAUAUGUACAAUUUUUAGUCCAUGAUAUUGCCCAACAGAUAUAGCUGAGAAAGUUUGAAAUUUAGCUUGUGCUUUGUAACAUAAAUAAUUAUAUGUUGAGAUUCUUGAUACAGCAAUUUAAUCAUUUUGGAAUUUCAACUCUCUGCACGCGUGAACAAUAAAAUUUUCUUUAAAAU